CUUGCUACUUGGAAGCCUCAUAUACCAAGUACUGGCUUUCGUUACACUCUUUUUAUUAUCCUUUUUAUUUUUAUUAAUUCAUUUUUAUUUUAUUAAUUUAUUUUUAAUUGUAAAAUAGAAGAUAUGGACCACGUUGAUAUGAAUUAAUUUUGUAUUUUUAGUUUCUCCACAAAUCUUCAAAAAAUUAUCCCAAAUUCCAUACUAUACUAACUUGAAAUACUGCCAAUUACUGAUAAAUAUUUUUUAAGUAUGGUUUGGACUCUAUUGAAAACAUGAAGAUUGAGUUGCAGUCAGGGUCGUCUGAUUUUGGUGAUUUUGAAGAAAACCGUCACUAUGACGAAAAUUCAGUUUUCAAUCCUAAAAAAAACCUCUGGAAUGCAAGCAAUUCUAACAGUGACCGUAGGAGAUCAGGCUCACUGAUUCCAAGGUCCAGAGACCCCGAACAUGACGAUGAUUUCGAGUUUGUAAUUACUAGAAGUGAAACUGCUAAAAGAGUUAAGAAACCAAACUCAAACUCAUUUAUGCAUCAUAAUUAUGCUAACUCGAAUGAAAAAUAUAAUAGUCGACAUAGUUAUGACCAUUCUCAGACUUCUUCAAAUAGUUAUGGGAAAGGAACUGGAAAACAUGAAAAUAAUUACCACAAAUAUGAUAAUCCAAAUAAUUAUUCUAAAUAUAAUAAUGCUUCAACUGGUUAUAGAGGGAGCCUUGAAGAUUCCCCAACUGCUUACAGAAGAAAAUCGGAACAAAAAGCCCAUAAUAAACUUGGUCAUCCAGGACUGGACAGAAAAAUAGAUUUUGACCCCUUUGUCUCAGGCUCAAAUUCAGAAGAUGAUUCAGGCAGUGUCCACGAAGAUGACGCUUUCACUUAUCGGAAGGACGUAAGGCACUUUGAACAUGGUUUCCCCGACCAACAUCUUACUUCUGUUACGUACACUAACAGAAGCUUGCUUCCUAAACGCCGUUAUAUUUUCCUGGCUAAAAUUAAGAUUUUUUUCAAAUUCGUCGGUGUCGGUAUUAAAAGAUGUUAUAAUAAAUCAAAAACUUAUAUUUCGAAAGUUAUUCGUAAAACUAAGGAUAAAAGAAGAAAUCGUAAAUGUCGUGAUAGAUUAUUGAAUAAUCAGCAAGAACCAGGAGAUGUGGAUUCCGAAACUGGCGGCGAGAUUAAAUCUGGCAGAAAACACUCUCAGAGUAGUGUUUUAGACUCCAGACGAAGGUCAGAUUCUCCUUUUGAUCUCCCACCCAACCAGGAUCCUGGAGUCAAAAGAAGGUUCAGAUUACCUAGAUUUAAGUUUGGACGGUCCAAUAAACCUACUUUUAAAGUUAAUAAAGACUCCGUCAAGCAAGUCAAACUGCAUUCUUUCCCCGAUUAAAUUCUCUAAAUUAUAAUAUUAUUUUUAGUUUUA